AUGAACAACGAAAAUCAAUUGACUCGGAGGGACUUGAUGUCAGUUCCUCUCCCAGAUAUCGAGACAUCCAACGAAACAAACGCUGCCGCUGAGCGCCCGGGCCGACCCCGUGGCAAAAUCUGUCGGUUUCUGGGGAAGGUUACCGAAGGUGUCAUCAAAAAGAUUUCUGCCACGCAUGUUCAGGAUGCUCCUCCUCGUGCCGAAACAGGCUCCGAUCAUCAAUCGGCACUUCGAGAGGCCAACGAAGCUGCUAGAAGCAUGAAUUUACUGUCGGGACCCGUGACGUCUGCAGUUUCAACCGCACAAAAUGCACCAACGGAUCUCGAGGAUGCAUGUAAUUUAGGGGACACAUAUCUUCGACCUCUCAAGAUAUUCGACAGUGUCAUCAGAGAGCUCGCGGAUGUACAUCCUUACGCAAAGGUGGUACUGGGCCUGCUGUCUUCUGCAUCCAAAUUCUUACUCAAGCAGAUCGAGACCAAGGGAUACUCCGGCUUCUGGAGAAGUUAG